AUGGCCUUCAGAGUAGCCUCGGCAGCGACCUUGAUGGGGUCGGGCGCGGUUUCAGCGGAUGAAAGGGUCGCAAGAGCGGCGAGGAGCAACGGAGCCAAGCCGCACGUUGUUCGGACAGUCGCGACACACACCGACGGUACUGUGGGCGUGGGUUUCGUGGGCAAGCUGGAGAUCAGGACGUCGGUCUCGUGA